GGACGUUGUCCCAUCAUGUUGAACGCACAGCCCAACCCAUCAGCCUCCGCCCAGCGCGCGGGCUACUGCUGCUCCACUGCGGACAACAAUGACGGACAACAUUCCGCUGCAGCCCGUCCGACACAAAAAACGACAUGACAACAAACGAAGAGACGGGUGCUGCCCAUGGUCCAGAUGCUGCGGAGGGGGAGAUUUCCGUCCGCGGACCGUGUGGUUGGGUCAUCCGGAAAAGAGAGAGCAGAGAUACCCUAGAAAUGUCAUAAACAACCAGAAAUACAAUUUCUUCACCUUCCUGCCAGGGGUGUUGUUUAACCAGUUCAAAUACUUCUUCAACCUGUACUUCCUGCUGCUGGCCUGCUCACAGUUUGUGAAUGAGCUCAGGUUAGGGGCUUUGUACACAUACUGGGUUCCUCUGGGGUUCGUUUUGAUUAUUACGAUCGCGAGGGAAGCCGUUGAGGAGAUGCGAUGUUUCCUACGAGACAAAGAGGUCAAUUCACAGAUCUACAGCAAACUCUCCACAAGAGGAACUGUGAAGGUGAAAAGUAGUGGCAUCCAGGUUGGAGAUCUUAUCAUUGUUGAAAAGAAUCAGCGUGUUCCUGCUGACAUGAUCUUCCUAAGGACCUCUGAAAGAAAUGGCUCCUGUUUUCUGAGGACUGAUCAGUUGGAUGGAGAAACCGAUUGGAAACUGCGCCUCCCAGUGGCCUGUACGCAGAGACUGCCCACUGCUGCUGAUCUUCUGCAGAUCAGGUCGUUUAUUUAUGCUGAAGAACCAAACAUUGACAUCCAUAACUUCAUCGGUACCUUCACUAGAGAAGAUGGAGACCCUCCAGUCAAUGAAAGUCUGAGCAUUGAAAACACUCUUUGGGCGAGCACUGUCAUUGCUUCUGGCACAGUGGUUGGGGUGGUGAUUUACACCGGUAAAGAGCUGCGGAGUGUAAUGAACACCUCCAACCCAAGACAUAAGAUUGGCCUGUUUGACCUGGAAGUGAACUGUCUGACGAAGAUCCUGUUUGGCGCUCUGGUGGUGGUGUCACUGGUCAUGGUGGCCCUGCAGCACUUUGCUGGUCGCUGGUAUCUCCAGAUUUUCCGCUUCCUUCUGCUCUUCUCCAACAUCGUCCCUAUCAGUUUGCGUGUGAAUUUGGACAUGGGCAAAAUGGUGUUCAGUUGGAUGAUCAAGAAAGACUCUAAAAUCCCCGGGACGGUGGUUCGAGCCAGCACCAUACCAGAGCAGCUGGGCCGGAUCUCUUAUCUGCUCACGGACAAAACUGGGACCCUCACACAGAACGAGAUGGUGUUCAGACGACUCCAUCUUGGAACUGUGGCAUACGGGAUGGACUCCAUGGAUGAAGUGCAGAGUCACGUGUUCAGCGCUUACACUCAGCCCCCUCAUGACCUCCAGGCCUCUCGUGCUCCAGGCGCCACCAAAGUGAGGAAGACCAUCAGCAGUCGAGUACAUGAGGCAGUGAAGGCCAUCGCACUGGUGCACAAUGUGACGCCGGUAUACGAGUCCAACGGUGUGACGGAUCAAGCUGAAGCUGAACAGCACUAUGAAGACACCUGCAGGGUUUACCAGGCCUCCAGUCCAGAUGAGGUGUCUCUGGUUCAGUGGACGGAGAGUGUCGGACUGACGCUGGUCGGCAGAGAUCAGUCUUCUAUGCAGCUGAGGACACCUAGUGGACAAAUUCUGAACUUCACCAUCCUGCAGAUUUUCCCCUUUACCUACGAGAGCAAACGCAUGGGCAUCAUAGUGCGAGAUGAAUCCACUGGAGAGAUCACGUUUUACAUGAAGGGUGCUGAUGUGGUGAUGGCCGGCAUUGUUCAGUAUAACGACUGGCUCGAGGAGGAGUGCGGGAAUAUGGCCAGGGAAGGUUUAAGGGUGCUUGUGGUGGCCAAAAAAUCCCUAACGGAAGAACAAUACCAAGAUUUUGAGGCUCGCUACGUCCAGGCCAAGUUGAGCGUGCACGAUCGCUCGCUGAAGGUCGCCACAGUGAUCGAGAGUCUGGAGAUGGAGAUGGAGCUCUUGUGUCUCACUGGAGUGGAGGACCAACUACAGGCCGAUGUCAGACCCACUCUGGAGAUACUGCGCAACGCUGGCAUCAAAGUUUGGAUGUUGACCGGGGACAAAUUAGAGACUGCAACCUGCACAGCCAAGAACGCCCAUCUAGUGACCCGCAAUCAGGACAUCCACGUGUUCAGGAAUGUAACCACUCGAAGCGAAGCUCACCUUGAGCUCAACGCCUUCAGGAGGAAACACGACUGUGCGCUGGUGAUAUCGGGAGACUCUCUGGAGGUCUGUCUGAAGUAUUACGAGUAUGAGUUUAUGGAGUUAGCGUGCCAGUGUCCGGCCGUUGUGUGCUGCCGCUGCGCUCCCACACAGAAAGCUCAGAUUGUACGUCUGCUGCAGGAACGCACUGGCAAACUCACCUGUGCCGUGGGGGAUGGAGGAAAUGAUGUCAGCAUGAUCCAGGAAGCAGACUGUGGCGUGGGAGUGGAGGGAAAAGAAGGGAAGCAGGCGUCUCUGGCUGCAGACUUCUCCAUCACUCAGUUUAAGCACUUGGGCAGACUGCUUAUGGUCCACGGCAGAAACAGCUACAAACGGUCCGCUGCACUCAGCCAGUUUGUCAUCCACCGGAGUCUCUGCAUCAGCACCAUGCAGGCUGUGUUCUCCUCUGUGUUCUACUUUGCAUCUGUUCCACUUUAUCAAGGCUUCCUCAUUAUUGGCUACUCCACUAUCUACACCAUGUUCCCUGUUUUCUCCCUGGUUUUGGAUAAAGAUGUCAAGUCUGAGGUGGCCAUGUUAUAUCCCGAACUUUACAAGGAUCUUCUAAAGGGACGGCCUCUCUCCUUCAAAACAUUCUUAAUAUGGGUCUUGAUCAGUAUCUACCAAGGUAGCAUCAUCAUGUACGGGGCUCUGCUCCUGUUCGAGUCAGAGUUUGUGCACAUCGUGGCGAUCUCCUUCACGUCUCUGAUCCUGACGGAGCUGCUGAUGGUGGCGCUGACCGUGCAGACCUGGCACUGGCUGAUGAUCGUAGCUGAACUCCUCAGUCUGGCCUGCUACAUCGCAUCCCUGGUCUUCUUACACGAGUUUAUCGAUGUGUAUUUCAUCGCCACCUUGUCUUUUGUGUGGAAGGUGACAGCCAUCACUUUGGUCAGCUGCCUGCCGCUCUACAUCCUCAAAUACCUGAGACGACGCUUCUCGCCUCCGAGUUACUCCAAACUGACCUCUUGAACCCUUUACUGCCUCAGUGGCCUCGGUCCAGCUUGCUCUCCAACCGCUAACUCGGCUCAAACAAAGCUAAAAGUGCUGGAACGUCAGGUUUGAUUCACUCCUUCAUUCACCCUGAUACUAAAAUAAGUCUGAUUUUUCAAAUUUUUGGUCAGCGAGCCAGUUUAGCAGUCCGGUUAGCCCUGAACAGGUGCUCAUACAGUACCCUAUGAGAAUGGACGCUUGUGUGACGCAGUCCAGACGCCAUUCGCUCUGAAUCAUGUAAUUUCUCUACCGUUUAAGUUUCAGUGAAUCACUCUCCCUGAGGAAGACUAAACAAACCGGUUAGCUUUUGGGAAUCAUCCAUGAGGCAACAGGGAAGUUUUUCCAUGAGAUUUAAUAAUCUAUUGCUAUUAUGCGUCUCCAUUGCAUUGGUAUUUUCAUGUGACAAGGGAAAAUUUGCACAAAGGGGAAAAGGGAAAUUGGAGUGAACUUGUUUUAGGGUUUUCUUGGUACCUUUUUCUUUUCCAAAACUAGUGAAUUUAUGUGACUUGAAAGGACUUGAUCAGGUUGAAAACAGAAAGUAUGUGUUGUACGACCCCCCCCCCCCCCCC